AUGUCAUGUGCACCAGCCGUGGUCAGCCGGAAAGAGCAAACGAAAUCAAAGACGCAUCAUCUCUUAAUUGGCCCAGGCUGGGGGUUCGCCAUCCUCCACGCGUUGGGUCAUGAUAGCCGGAUACCCCUCGCCGUUCCAGUGACAAGAAAGAAACAAAGGCCAGCUGGAUUGGGGCUAAUGAUGCCUGGACACCUCGGUGAUCGAGUCCGGUUGGCCCUACGUCGCCGACAUCCUCGGUGGACGGUCGACGAAAGGAAGGGGAAGAGGGGGGAAAGGACAUGCUAUUAG